AUGGCGCCCACCACGUGGGGCAAUUCCGCCUCUUGCGGUCACGACAACGCGCACUUCGCCAAGGGCUACGGGGACGGGUUCCAGCGCGGCUGGGCCCUGGGAUUUGCGCGGGGCAGAGAGAUUGGCCACCCUGAGGCGGCGGCUCACAUUGGGUCGCGCGCCGGCGACAAUGCUGUUGAAGGUGGCGAGGGGCCCGGGGUUCGGCACACUCCGCACCACGAUCAAGACCUCUGCCUGCUGAGCGACGUCCCACUGUGCGAGGACCCUCGCGACGACUUUUCUUUCCGGGAAGAGGACAUCUUCUACGACGCCAAGUCGCAGAUUGCCGCCUCCGAGUCCGACCCUGAUGAAGUGGACGCCGGCAGCUCGACCGCCACGAGCACUUCCAAGUCCAACGCGCCCAGCGCCCACUCCUCGCCCUACUCCGAGGACCUUCUCGCCCUGUCCUCCAACGCCGAUGAGGGCAUUCCCGCGCCGUCCACCCGUGCUCAUAACCCUGACAACAACGUUGCCAACCUUGCUGUGGCCGCCCCCCAGCCCACCUCAUUUUCCGCUGCCGUUCCGGAGGUCUCCAACUUGAACCUGGAGAAUGCGACCAUCACCGCCGCCCUCAUCCCGGGCAUAUUUAACAACAUCAUCAACGACAACCCCGCCAGCAACACGCCCGUUACCGCGGCCUUCCUCUCGGGCGUAUUCAACAACGUCAGCGGCGACAACACCACCAACGGCGCGACUACUAUCUCCGCUCACAUCCCGGGCGCAACCACGGGCGCUAUCAAUGGCGACAGCGCUAUCGACGCCGGAAACACCGCCAGCAGCACGUCCAUGGCCUCCGCUCACAUUCCGAGGGCAAUCAACAACGUUAUUAACGGCGACAACACUAUCAACCGCGACAGCACCGCCACCAAUACGAUCGGUGCCUGCCCUCUUAUCUCGGGCGCAACCAACAACACCAUCAACGCCGGCAACACCAUCAACAACGACAACACCGCCCCCACCAACCAGGCCACCACAACCUCCAUCCCCGAGUGGUGGCCCUGGCUGCAACACCCCCAGCCCAACCCCCCCUUCAUCCCCACCAACGGGCAAGCCACCACACCCCCCAUCCCCGAGUGGCCCUGGCUUCAACACCCCAACCCCUUCACCCCCCCUUCCAACACCACCAACGGAACCAUCACCACCCUCCACAACAUCCCCCUCCCCCACACAAUCACCCCAACACCCCCCUCCAAACACACACCCCCCUCCGCCCACCGCACCCGGCCCCCUUACCCAACCCUCUCUGCCCCGCACCACAACAUCUACGCGCUCCUCGCCCAGGGCCGCACCGUCGUCGACUCGCCCUGGCGCGUGCUCAUCGGCCCGCUGGGUGCGGCCGCGCGCGUGGCGUGGAAUAGCGAUGGGGGGAAACGGUAUUUGCGGAGUAAGCUUGUCAGUGUGGGUGGGGCGGUCGGUGGUGGUUAUGGUGGUUAUGGGCGUGGGAAUGCGCGUGGGAAUGCGCGUGGUGGGCGCGAUGGGGGUGGGCGUGGUGGUCGUGGUUGGGAUGAGGAAGAGGUUCAUCAUCAGGCGGAUGGCGGGUUGGUCUUCUCGGAGCUGGUGCGCGGGGAGGGCGAGGUGUGGUAUGUGCUUGCGACGUUCGAUGCGCAGGAGAAGGCGGGUUUGGCGGUGGAGACCUUUGCGGGUUAUGCGUGUGGUGGCUCGAUCAUGUGGGCCUGGAUCUACCGGGAGGAGGAGUGA